UUUUCAGUUUGUGUUUGCAUUCAAUAGAAGCGUGCGUUAGUCUUAAUUUUUAUCAUGACUGAUAUGAAAUGUGGAUCAGAUAAUUGCAAAUAUUUUGUAUUGAGAUAGCUCGAGUGUGUUACAAGAGAGUAGGUACUCCUGUCACGUGAAAAUGUCGAGGAAAAGGAGCAGAUUUUCACCAUUUUUGAAACAGUGUUUCGUGACAUCAGCAGUGGGCAUCAACCUGAUCGGACAUGGGGCUGUGGUGGGCUUCGCUGCAGUCCUGCUGCCACAGCUUUCCAACCCUCACUCCGACAUUCAUACCAGUAAAACUGCUAACUCUUGGAUUGCAUCGGUAAUCGGUAUAACCCUGCUGAUAGGCAGCUUUCUAGCGUCUCCUCUAAUGGGCCGGUAUGGACGGAAGGUGGCGCACUAUACUAUCAGUGUGACAGCACUGGUAGGCUGGUUGACCACCAUCCUGGCUAAUAGUGUCGAGGUGAUCCUUAUUGGAAGAAUCAUUGGCGGGUUAUCAUUUGGCAUGAUGCUGCCACUUCGAUCUAUCCUCAUCGGCGAGUACACCAGCCCGAAAAACAGAGGUGCCUUCCUCACCACUAUCUCUCUUACCCAGGGUUGCGGCAUAUUUUUCGUGCACCUUGUUGGAUCACUCCUCAGUUGGAGACAAACUGCUCUGGUUUGUCUUUUUCUCCCCUUUGUCAGCCUCAUCAUGACACUUUUCACUCCUGAGUCUCCAAGCUGGUUAGUCUCUAAGGGAAGGUACAACGAGUGCAGAGAGGUAUUUCAUUGGCUUAGAGGUGAUGAAGAAGAAACAGAAUUAGAAGCAAUGAUUGAAGCGAGGGUCAACUUCGAAAAGACCAUGAGGAAUCAAAAGAAAUUAGAUAUUAUAAAGACUGUUCAGAAGCAAGAGUUUUACAAGCCAAUCAUACUGAUGGUUCACGUGUACGCUAUGGGACAGUUAUCGGGAGCAGCUACCAUUGCUGCAUACGGCACUACUGUCAUCGAGCUGGUGAUGCACCCUGGGGUCAACUCUAGUGCUUGGAUGAUAGGCCUAGAUAGUCAAAGAGUCAUUGUAAAUACAUUAGCUAUUUUUGUUAUAAAUUGGUUCAAGAGAAGAGCUAUGGUGUUUUCAACAGGGAUACUUUGUGUAGCGAGCCAUUUGGCGAUAGUUGCUUAUGUGUAUUUGAAAGACCAGGAUGUUUUGAGCUCUGAGGCUAUUUGGAUCCCGGGUAUACUUCUCAAUAUUCAGUUCUUCUCAGUAUCUUUAGGUAUGGUGCCUUUGCCUAGCGUGAUAGCUGGGGAGGUCUUUCCUCUGGAGUACAGAAGUCUAGCUGGGAGCAUCAGCCAAGCCUCUGUAGCUGGCACCAUGUUUUUAGUGCUCAAAACCUUCCCAGGCCUUGUAGAUAGUAUUGGAAUAACGGGCACCUACUUGGUGUAUGCUGGGUUGCUGACUUACUGCCUCUUUGUGAUAAUGUUUUUGAUGCCAGAAACUAAAGGGAGGACUCUGCAGGAGAUUGAAGAUGGGUACAGAGGAGGAGUCGUAGUUGAGGAAGAAAUGAGGUCAUUAAAGAGUAAUGGGGAGAAUGGAAAAGUUGUGUCUACAGAAACCAAAACUUAAUUUAAUUUAUUAUAAGAAAUGUGCUUCAAUGUAAUAAAGUAUUUAAGGAUGAGCUAUUUAUUUGGUUUUAAUGCA